CCGGGACCCAAACUCUGUGUGUGUGCGUGUGCGUGUGUGAGUGUGCGUGCUGAAAGUACCUUCCCCUUUCCAUUUUCUUCUAGCGCCUCUUUGAUCUGCAGACCGGAAGAAUCCUUGAACCAAAAUAGCUCGGCGGACACUUCCGGGACCAGAUACCAGGGUUCCGGGAGAGUGCUGGAAGAAGAGGGAAAGGCAGUGGCGGUGGCAGUUGGAGAAUGAAGAAGGAGCAUGUGCUGCACUGUCAGUUUUCCGCGUGGUAUCCGCUGUUCCGAAGCCUCACCAUCAAGAGUGUCAUUCUUCCACUUCCUCAGAAUGUGAAGGAUUACUUACUCGAUGAUGGAACUCUGGUGGUUUCAGGAAGGGAAGACCCACCAACACGUUCUCAGCCAGACAGUGAUGAUGAGGCAGAAGAAAUACAGUGGUCAGAUGAUGAGAACACGGCCACACUGACGGCACCAGAAUUUCCUGAGUUCACCACUAAAGUUCAAGAAGCUAUCAAUUCCUUAGGGGGCAGUGUAUUUCCUAAGCUUAACUGGAGUGCUCCAAGGGAUGCAUACUGGAUAGCAAUGAAUAGUUCUCUGAAAUGUAAAACCCUCAGCGACAUCUUUCUACUUUUCAAGAGUUCUGAUUUCAUCACUCGUGACUUCACUGAACCAUUUAUGCAUUGUACUGAUGAUACCCCAGAUCCUUGUAUGGAAUUUGAGCUUGUUCUUCGGAAAUGGUGUGAAUUAAUUCCUGGGGCUGAGUUCCGAUGUUUUGUCAAGGAAAACAAGCUUAUUGGUAUUUCUCAAAGGGACUAUACACAAUACUAUGAUCAUAUUUCUAAACAAAAGGAAGAAAUUUGCAGAUCCAUACAAGCCUUUUUCAAGAAGCACAUCCAGUAUAAAUUCCUAGAUGAAGACUUUGUAUUUGAUAUAUAUCGAGACAGUAGGGGUAAGGUGUGGCUAAUUGAUUUUAAUCCAUUUGGUGAAGUAACAGAUUCACUGCUGUUUACUUGGGAAGAACUGAUAUCUGGAAAAAACUUGAAAGCUGAUCUUAAUGAAGGAGAUGCUCUGGAGCAGGAUUCUCCAGCUUUUCGUUGUACAAACAGUGAAGUUACAGUACAACCCAGUCCUUACCUGAGCUAUCGACUGCCCAAGGAUUUUGUAGACCUCUCUACUGGUGAAGAUGCUUAUAAACUCAUAGAUUUUCUUAAAGUGAAAAGAAAUCAGCAAGAGGAUGAGUGAUUAGCAUUCAAGACCAAGUUAAAGAGGAAGCCGUCCCCUACACCAGGAGACUGUUCAUAGGCCACAACUUCCUAUCAAUCCUAAUCUGAUGGGGGUGGGAGCGGGCAGUGUGGAAAUCAAUAGCUUUUUAUAUUCAUGUAUAUUAAUUUGGGAUAAAAAUGGAGGGACUUUGCUACUUGUAAAAACUAACAAUAAAUAGAUCGUAAACACAGGAAACCAUGCUGUUCUGAUGAUAAAGUAUUUUUUAUGAAACACUUGCUAUUUUGGCGCGGCCUAUUUAUCUAGGUUUCUUGUGCUGGUAUUUUUGUACCUAUCAAGUAGAUGGGCAGAUUUAUAUUUGUUAUACAGAAAUGGAUUCUCUAUUAAUUGCUUCUCCACUAAAAAAAAAAUAGAACCGUAUUUACUAUAGAAAAUAUUUUUUCUACUUUGAGGUUUUUCUUAUAAUUUUCCUAUCAGGUUAGCUUCAGUUUCGGCAUAGCUGAAAGAAUGUAGACUUCUCAGACUGUCAGAUAAUCAUGAAAAUUUAUGUGUAUCAUAACCACCUUACUGUAUAUUAGUAAAACUGUCAUAGAUUUGGAGCCCUGGUGGUGCAGUGGUUAAGAACUCAGCUGCUAACCAAAAGGUCUGCAGUUUGAGUUCGAAUCCACGAGCUGCUCCUUAGAAAGCCUAUGGGGUAGUUCUACUCUGUCUAUAGGGUUGCUGGGAGUCAGAAUUGACUCAGUGGCAAUAGGUUUGGUUUGGUUUGGUUUAUCACAGAUUUAAUUACAAUUUGGCCUUUAAAAAAAAUUGGAAUUUUUGAGGGUAGACUCCCUUUUUUCAACCACCAUUUUAGUCGCCAUUCUCUAGUGCUCUAAAUGAUGAUGAUGAUGAUAUCUAGUUUACUAAACACUUGCUGUGUGCCAGGUACCUGCUGUGUUUUUUGUGUAUUAUUUUAUAUCAACCACAGUUUGAAGGAAAUACACAAUUUCCCAGGGUAAUGUGGUAUCAAAGAAUAUUUUACUAGUGGGAGUUAUGUUUCUUAUCACGUGAUGACACAUCCGGGUGCUGCCCAUAGGAAGAUGUAGAGAGCAGUGAGGCAGAGUUUCCUCUUUCUUUGCAGUGAAGGCAGGUUAUGUGUAAUAGUGGAGAUAGUCCUUUUUGGUUAUCUCGAACUCUUUGACUUUGUGUGUGGUUUCACAGCUACAACCACUGAUACAAGUAUUUUGAAUACAAAAAUACAAAGUUAAGGUUGUGAUCUUUGUAUUCCGUGUAUCAAAUGCCAUUUCUGAGGCCACUUAUUUGAGUGAGGGUACAGGCUCACUCAAAAAAAAAAAAAAAAGCUCAUGCCGUAGAAAAAAAUGCUUUUUGUUUUUUAAGCUGCUCAUAGGUGUCUGUUCAUCUAUGAUGGAGGGAUUUAGUAUUGUGAGUUGAUUUAAGAUUAGAACUGAAAGUUGGCUUCUCCAAAAUUACGCAAGUGGAAAAAAAAAAAAAGUAAAUGUGUUUGGUACCA